CCCCGGGGGCCCGGCGGCAGAGCGGAGCGCAGCGAGAAGCUGGCGCUGUACCUGGCCGAGGUGGAGAAGCAGGACAAGUACCUGCGGCAGAAGGGCCGGUUCCGCUUCCACAUCAUCCCCGACGGGAACUGCCUGUACCGCGCCGUCUGCAAGGCGGUGUACGGGGACCAGCGGCUGCACGGCGAGCUCCGCGAGCAGACCGUGCACUACAUCGCCGACCACCUGGACCACUUCAACCCCAUCAUCGAGGGCGACGUGGGCGAGUUCCUCAUCGGCGCCGCCCAGGACGGGGCCUGGGCCGGCUACCCGGAGCUGCUGGCCAUGGGGCAGAUGCUGAACGUGAACAUCCACCUGACCACGGGCGGCCGGCCCGAGAGCCCCACCGUCUCCACCAUGGUGCACUACCUGGGGCCCGAGGACCCGACGCGGCCCAGCAUCUGGCUGAGCUGGCUUAGCAACGGGCACUACGAUGCCGUGCUGGACCGCGUGUGCCCCAACCCCGAGUACGAGGCGUGGUGCAGACAGACUCAGGUACAGCGCCGGCGGGACGAGGAGCUGGCCAAGUCCAUGGCGGUGUCCUUGUCCAAGAUGUACAUUGAGCAGAACGCCUGCUCAUGAGAGCGCCUGGGCCGCAGGCUGGGAGCUUUGCUGCAGGGACUGACAGAGAGAAGGUGUGCUGGCUGUGAUGGUGAUGCCUUAAUCCUUAAUGAAGCAGCAGCACCCCAGGCUGAGAAGGACUGGAGGUUGUGGGGGGAUAAAUACAGACGUAUUUGUAAUAUGCUGUUGUAAAAACUUAGCCUCGGGUUAUUUGCAAGCAGAUUUCUCUGUGUAUGUUUGUCUCCCCUCCCCACUGUCUAUUUUCUAUAAGAAUGUAUUUUUUGCACACUAUUUUUAAACUGUUACCUCCAUCUUCUACAUCUUACAUUAGUAUCUGGCUUUCAGCUGUACAGCCAAAAACGUUUGUAAACAGUUUUUGUAAAUAAGGCUUAUGAUGUAAACAGCUAUUUUUUGCUGUGUUUUUUACCCAUAAACCUUAUAUUUUUACCAAAUGAAGUUGAUGUCAAACUGACCCCCCCAGUUGAUAAAAACAUUGUGGGUAUUUUCUUGCAAAACUAAAACAAUGGCUUUUGUAAAAGUGCAGCAAAGUGAGAACAGACUGCUUUUCGGAACAGUUGCUUUCUCUGCCUGGAGCACAGAACAGGUCCUUUGAGCCAAUUGGAAUGCAGCUACACGUGAACAGUGCAGGGAGCAAUUGCCUCUUCUGUUUUUAAUUACUGUUUUGAGUAAACUGGCCUCUUGUUGCCUGGUUGGCUCGCCCUCUGCUCCACUUAUAUUAUUUAUCUAUAAUAACAGAACAUUAACUUGCAAUAGAAUGUUGUGACUAGAUAAUAGUCUCCUGCUUUGGCAGUAAUUGCCUUGGCUGCACCUCAGUGUUUGUGUUCUUGUUUCUGGGGUUAUGGUGUCUUUCGUAUAAGCCCUGCUUCUUUUUUGGCACUGGUGUUUCACCAACAAAUCAUUAUCUGAUCACAACAUUUUAUUCACGUGACUUUAUUUUCUAGUCAAGAAAUCAGGAAUGGUAUUCUAUGUUAUGGUUUAAAAGAAAAGAAGUACUCAAGUUGAGGUUUGUAUGGUUUGCUGGGUCAAACAUUUAGAUGUUUCCAAUCUGGAUUCUGUCUCUUCUACUUUCUGAUUAACUUGUUAGAUAUAUUUAUUAAGUAAUGCAGUUUGUACUUUUUUAUUUUGUAAUAUAUUGUGAUUUUGGAAUUUAUACUGUAUUUGUACAAUAGGAAUAUUCACAGCUAAAAUGGAAUGAAUAAAG